UCUAGGGGCUGUGGGGUGCCAUGGAGGGUGCCCAGGACUAAUGGCUGCCAGGGAAGUCUGAAGAGAUCACAGAGUGCCAUGGGUUACCAUCUCAGGGUAACAUGUCCACAGAGUUCCCUAAACCCCAUCUCAGUGAAGCUCAGGCCAGGGAGCUGGUGGAGCGCGUCUUCGGGCUGCGUGUAGACAGCCUUCGCCCCCUGCCCAGCUACGACGAUCAGAACUUCCACGUGGCGGAGAGCGGGGGCGGAGAGUACGUCCUGAAGAUCAUGAACUCGGCAGACAGCCACAAUAGCGGGCUAAUCGAGGUGCAGACCCACACCAUGAUGUUCCUGCGGGAGUGUGGCCUCCCCACGUCCUCUGUAGCCAGAACCCAGCGUGGAGAGACAAUGAGCCUGGAGACCAUCGACUGUGGCUCAGGCAGUAAGGGGUACAUCGUGCGGUUACUGACCUACCUGCCAGGGACCCCUGUUGCUAAGAUCCCGAGCACACCACAGAUCCUCUACGAGGUUGGGAGAAUGGCUGCUAUGCUCAACAGAGCCUUGCUGAAGAUGGAACAUCCCCAGCUCCAGAGCUUGAAGCGGGAGAAUUUCUUCUGGAGCCUCUACAGUGUUCCUCUGAUAGAGUCUUACCUCUUCGUGAUGGACGGAGACCCCAUUCAGCAUGUGGUGAGAAACGUCAUCCAGCUGUACAAGCGCCAGAUCCAACCCCGACUUGGCUCCUUCCGACAAUGUAUACUCCAUGGGGAUUUCAAUGACCACAACAUUCUGAUUGAGCCUGAUGGGCCAGCGGAGGGCGCUCUCAUCAGCUCGGAAGGGCAGCAGCUGCAGAAGCGCUACCGGAUCUCCGGCAUCUUGGACUUCGGGGACAUGAGCUGGGGCUGCCUUGUGUUCGAGGUGGCCAUCACCAUCAUGUACAUGAUGAUUGAGAGCCAGACGCCCAUGGAGGUGGGCGGGCCUGUGCUGGCGGGCUACGAGAGCGUGACACCCCUGACUGAGGAGGAGCGGGACGUGGUCUUCCUCCUGGUGCUGUGCCGCUUCUGCCAGUCCCUGGUGAGGGCACGGCACACCGUGCUCCAGGACCCGGAGAAUGAGGAGUACCUCAUGAUCACGUCGCGCAAGGGAGGGACUCUCCUGGCGCAGCUGUGGGAGAUGGGCAAGGAGGUGGUGGAGCGCCUGUGGUUCGACUCGGCUCGCUCCUACCAAAGCAGCAGAACCGGGGUGUGAGGGAAGGAAACGGGAAACGACAGCAGAUUUAUCCAUUCCCAGUGUCAUUAGAUACCAUUGUACAUUAACAGUAUGCUUAUAGCACAUCAAAUUGUUCAUUGUUAUUACUGUUACUGCAGCUACUUACAGAGUGUGACAGGAUAAGCUCAGGAAAUGGAAAAUAAGUACUGUACGCUUUUACAGAAUGUGCAGCACCAUACAGCUUUGAAGAUACAGUUGUCAUGUAGGGUGCCAUACAGAGGUAUUCUCUCCCAUAUAAGGUUUCCACAUUUUGAUGCUAUUUGAUCUUGCAAACAUGACAUUUGGGAAUAGGGCUUUUACAUACUUUUUAGAAUCUGCACAAUCUAUUCCAAACUGAUAAAGCUAAUGAUUGUUGAUCAUGUAUGACCUGUACAGCACAUAGAUAAUUAGAAGAAUCUGAAUUCCAUAAUUAUUAACCCCUUGCAGUGCGAACUGAUUCUCAAACAGGUUUGAUAAACAUGCAGCGAUCAGGGUAAUUGUCAUUGAUAAAAUGUUGGAAUUAAAACUAGCCUAAACAGCAGUAGUUCUUAUUCACACUUAAGACUUGAUUUGUAUUAAAUUCCAUUUAUAUUUUUUAUUAUAUAAAAAUGUAUAAAUAUAUAAUGGAUACUUACAUGAAAAUAAUACAUGGUUUAAAUGAAACUUUUGUGUGAAAUUUAGUUUCACGGAGAACUCUAGCAACUUUGAGAAAGUUGUUUAAAUUAUUAAUCCCUGCUUAGAUGUGCACAUAAAAACUAGCAGGCUAAAGGAAUAACAGCAAUGAAAAUGUGCGCUGGUAUAGCAUUAAAACCCAGGCUUUUACUACAUGCCCUAAGGGCAGUUGACCUCCAAAAGAAUCAACUAACAAAGGCAUAUUUUUACAAACAACACAUUGUGUUCAUGCUGCCCGGACUUCAUUGCCAAUCUAUACAUGUAUCUGUAUAUUAAAAUGAUGUUGCACAAA